AUGAUUUUUGAGUGGUCUUGGGAAUCUGGAGAGGUCCCGGCUGACUGGAAGCUGCUGAACGUUGUCCCGGUUUUCAAGAAGGGCAAGAAGGAGGACCUCAGAAACUACAGGCCUGUCAGUCUCACUUCAGUGCCUGCCCCCCCGAGCCCCUCCUGCUCCCCGGCCCCGCCCCGGGGGUGGCUCCGGGUGUGGGGGGGGCCCCCCUCCCGCGAGAGGCCCGUGGGGACCCCCCUGACCCUCGAGUGCCACUUCCGAGGCCCCCCCGACACCGCCCUGACCUGGCUCCAGGCGUGUCCCCCCGGGCUCGGGGAGGUCCCCCGGAGCUGCCCCUGGCCCCAGGAGGUGGUGGCCACCCGGGGGGGCCGCCGGAUGGACCGGGUGGUGCAGGAAGGGGGGGGAAGCUCCACCCUGACCUUCCCCAAACUGUCCCACAACGACUCCGGGCUCUUCUUCUGCCGCGUGGAGUCCGGGGGGGAGACGGCCCAGAGCUGCGGCACCUUCGUCAGGGUCCUCGAGCCGGUUCCCGCCCCGUUCCUGGCGCUGAGGGAGAGCACCAAGAACCGGAUCCUGACGGCGCAGGGGGUGCUGCUGCUGCUCUGCUCGGCCGGGCCGGGGCUGCUGCUGCUGCUCAGGAAGCGCUGGGCCAACGAGCAGCUGCUGCACCCCGAAAAAACCACAUGCGAGGAGGAAAACCUCUACGAGGGGCUGAACCUGGACGAGUGUUCAAUGUACGAGGACAUUUCCCGGGGGGUCCAACCCACCUACCAGGACGUGGGGACCCUCCCCGGAGACUCACAGCUUGAAAAGCCCUGAGGGACCCCCCGAAAAAGGGGGGUGGGACCCCCCGGGAAGGGGUUUGGGAUCCCCUGGCUCUGCUUGGCCCCCCCGAUGCUCUGCUCUGGUGACACAAGGCCGUGCUGACCCCCCCCCAAAUAAAGCUGCUGUACUGCCGGA